CAAUGUCUCAUAUCAGUAAUGAUGAUGGUGAUUACCCCUUGUUUAAUAUGUGCAACACUGGAAGUGAUGAUCAGGAUCAGAAAACCUGUAAAUUUAAAACAGCCAGAUCGAAUGGGCGUUCAAAGUCACUGUCAAGCACUGAGACUCAGCGGGACAUAAAUAACAGAAUGCAGCAUUCUCCAGUUUCAUUGGAACAGGACUCAGUGGUGAAUAAUGGAUCAGGCAUUCCUUGUAAUUCUACAGAGGAUACAAAGGACCCAGCCUUCCAGAUCAUCAAACAACCUUUGUUGGGAAGUGAGGUCCACAAGAUAGCUUCUCCAAAACACCAUCAACACCCAUACCUUACCAAAACUAGCAUGCAGGGGGAUGUUUACAACUUUCUAGAGAGACCGAGUGGACUUAAAUGUUUCCUCUAUCAUUUCACUGUGUUCUUAAUGGUACUCAUCUGCCUUAUUUUUAGUGUGUUGUCCACAAUAGAACAAUAUGCUGAAUUUGCAAGUGGUACCCUCUUCUGGAUGGAAAUUGUUCUUGUAGUGUUUUUUGGUUCUGAAUAUGUGGUCCGCCUCUGGUCUGCAGGAUGCAGAAGUAAAUACAUAGGAUUCAAAGGAAGACUUCGAUUUGCAAGAAAGCCUAUUUCAAUCAUUGAUUUGAUUGUAGUAAUCGCCUCUGUGAUUGUACUGAGCGUUGGGUCUAAUGGACAAGUAUUCGCCACUUCAGCAAUAAGGGGUAUUCGCUUUCUACAAAUUCUUCGCAUGCUUCAUGUGGACCGACAGGGAGGAACUUGGAGGCUAUUGGGAUCUGUUGUUUUCAUUCAUAGACAGGUUAUCCUGUUUGCCUAAAAUAAACUUUUCUGUUUGAUGCAAUGAUUUAUUUAUGAUUAUUUAUGACUACUUCAAAAAAUGUCUAGUGUGAAAUCAUAAAAAUGAACAAAAAUUGGACUUUGUUACAUUAAUGCAACUUGUAGAGAAAGAACUUUGUUAUGCUACAUGAAGCAAUAAUUUAGAUUUAUGACUUUUCUCAGAGGCAGAGGUUUUAUACUCAGUCACUCUUCAUUUUUCUGUCAGGUGAGAGUCAUUGUGGCAAUGCAUUGAGUUAGACAAACCAG